AUGUUUGGGAUUCAAGAUGAAAACGUUAUAUGCAUUGUCAAGUUGAAGAUAAUCAACGAGACUAGUGAAAAGAGCAUCCAUCACGUCCAUAUCUACUUGCCAAAGGACAUCCUUGUCAUCCCUGUCAAGGAUGAGCUACGGUUAAAAGAGGAUGAGAGUGAACAGACAAAGCAAGAGCAAGAGAAGGAGAACAAAUCAGACACAAAUGAAUGGUUACGAGGACAAAUGUUCAGUGAACAUCCACGGAAAAGAAUCUCCAGAGAGAACACAAUCUGUAGGAAAGAAUCUCCAGAGAAAGAAAACAACAUUUCUCUCUUCUUUCCAGAUAUGCUUCUUGAGCACAGAAAAUUAAGGUUCAUGACAGCAACACUAAUUUGGGGCUGA